AUCUGUGAUCUGUGGUGGGUUCUGAAAAAAAAAACCUAACCUCAAAAAUGGCCUUCUAAUUUUUACAACAAAAACAUUGAAAAACUAGUAAUAAAAGUUGCAAAAUGAGCGUUUUAAUUAAGCAUUACAGGCCGUGUGGGUUCGUGUCGAGUUUGAACAGCAAAAUAUGGCGUUUUAACUCCACUAGUGCUGAUGCGGUGACGACCAAGAAUGAAGAAGAUGAAGAAUUUAGGGUUCUGGAUAUUUUGAAGAAGAAAGACAGAAUGCAGAGGAAAGUAGCUCGCAGGGCCGAUGUACAGCCCGACAGGGCUGACAGAAUGGCUACAGACCAGAACUGGGGCAAUGUGUGGCCAGGCCCUAAAAGCUUCCAUCCAUCGUCCGUGCCACUCCCACUGCGGCAAGGCUACGUCCCACGAGGCCAGGCCCCUCCAGGCAAGAAAGCGAACGCUGAACUCAUGAAGAUACCCAACUUCCUCCAUCUCACACCACCGGUCAUCAAAGCACAGUGCGAAGCACUCAAACCGUUUUGCUCGGAUUGGCCCAAACUCCUCAACUCGGAAGAAGCUAUCGAAAAACAUUACCCAGUCGAAAUUAUUUCUUCCGACUACUGCCACGCUAGUCCGUCAAUCAGGAACCCACUAGCCAGAAUAGUUACGCUACGAGUCAAACUCUCAACUCUGAAUUUAGACAAACACAGUAAAGACAAGUUUAUAAGAUUAGUCGGUGACCGUUACGAUAAGGAGACGGACUUGGUUACAAUUACAGCUGACCGCUGCCCAGUUAAGAAGCAGAAUUAUGAUUACGUUAACUAUUUAUUGACGGCUUGUUAUCAUGAAUCGUGGAACAUUGAGGAUUGGGAGAAAGAUAAAACGGAAGACGAUAUGGAGUACUACAAUUGGGAUAAAAAUGCUUCCAAAAAGAGCUUGGUCAAUUGGUAUUUACGAACGAAGAAUGAGAGCAAAGAAUUGACAGACGAAGAAUAUGUUUCAUAUGAUAUUUCUGAAAUACCACAUGCAGAAGAAUAUAAGAAUGCGGUGUAUAACUAUUUAAACGAUGGAGAAAGUGACGUUACGGUGAAGAAUUAUGCGAAAUCAGUUCGCAAAUUACUAGGAUUACCAGAAGCUAAAGUUGUAACAUAAGUUGUAUUAUUUAAUAA